AGCUAAAAAAUCUCAACUUUUCUGUCCCUUUAAAUAAAAAGAAAAGUAUGAGUCAGAGAGAGUUCAGGAAUUGUUACUUCUUUCUCUUACGAGGGGAACCAGUGCAUCAUUUUUAUGAGAGUGGAGCAUGCUGCCCAUCGCUAGCUAGCUCUCUGCGCAUGCUAGUUAUCUAGCUAACUAUAUCUGCGCGUGCGCGGUGUUGGAGUGGGCGUGGUGUGUAGAGCGCGUGAGAGCCGUUUGGCGUCUUGUCAAAGUUUUUUGCGAGUUUGUUUGUUUUUUUUUAUUUUCUUCCAUUAAUUUAUCGAAGCUCUAGUUAUUGAGUUAUCGGUGGGUAGUGAAAGUUAAGAGUGGGUGAAGGUGAGCGGGACGCCAUGGCCUCCGAGGCCGGAGAGGAGACGCUGUCUCUCCGCCAUGGCGUCAGGUGUGUACCGGGGAAUGGAGAACAGGUGGAGGAGGUUCUGCUGGCGGUGGGAGAGCAGGGAUAACACCGACACCCGCGCCCGUACCAGCAGUAACACCGACACACGCGCCCGUACCAGCAGUAACACCGACACCCGCGCCCGUACCAGCAGUAACACAGACACCCGCGCCCGUACCAGCAGUAACACAGACACCCGCGCCCGUACCAGCGGUAACACCGACACCCGCGCCCGUACCAGCAGUAACACUGACACCCGCGCCCGUACCAGCAGUAACACCGACACCCGCGCCCGUACCAGCAGAAACACCGACACCCGCGCCCGUACCAGCAGAAACACCGACACCACAGACAGUUUUCACUUCAAGCCCUACACCGCUAUCACCGGUGGAGACAGUGACCCCACACAACCGCAGCAGAAGAAGCUACAGGACAAGAACAUUGAGAAGAAUAAAACUAAACCGGAAAUAAUAAGGGAGGAGAGGGACAAGGUGGGGGAAUCGUCUGAACAAGCACAGCGUAAUGUUGAGAUGUUGGAGGACUUGGGCCCAGAGUGCAGUGAAGGAGCGGCAGGAGAGGAACCGCCACAGACAUGGAGGAGGAAAGAGUCACCCCAGAACAACCAGAACAAUGAUCCUGCAGCCUCCAGAAGAUCUCGUGAGGCAAAUACAGAGAUUGGCUAAAGGCACCAGUGCUGUAUCUACCCAGACAAGAAGGAGGACAAGGCCUAGUAGAUGUUGGGUCCAGAGUGAAGACAUUCAAACUCCAAGUGGCUCAGAGACUUCUCUACAGGCAGGAUGUGAGCUGGGCUGGGAUAGCGUGCACCUUACUGAGGAAAUCAGGUAAUAUGGGCCUAGAUUGCCACUUGCUCUUGAUGGACGUAAACAAGAUGGAUCUUACAGGACUAACGCCAUUUUAUAGAUGGUUAAUGAAAGCAUGGACACUUUUGGUGUUGUCCCAGUAAUAGCAGCGGGCUGUGUGUAGUGCUCUUCUGCAUUAUAGAACAGUUACCAAUGUACUUUAAUGCUUUUCCAUGUCUGUUUUUUUGAGUGAGAGUGCGCGCUACGAUACUCAGUGUCCACUGGUUCAGUUUGUUCUGACUUCAGUCCAAACCUGACACCUUCACAUUCAUCAGGCACUUGGAGAUGUUUUGGGCUCAGCUGGUGCUUUGGGAAAUGGUAUAGACACUGGCCUAUGUGCUGUUUUUGUGGGCAAGGGGUCUCACUGGGGACGCUAUUUGGAAUGCUAUUGUGUAGCUGUGCCUUUACCAUUUUGACUCUUGUCCUGGAGUCAGGAUCAUACUGCUGGUACUGGCAGUGUCAGGUUCUUUUAAGAACACACUUACACAUGCUACGCUACUCACGGUAGGCCAUUACCAUUCCGUUUCUUUCCAACAAAAAACAAGCUUUUUACUGCAUUAAAACUCAUGUUGUGUUUCAGUAAAAGGAAAUGCUGCAUCCAUGGAAUUGUCAUUGCCAUGUCAUUGCACAUAGGAUUAAAACAAAUGCUUUGUUUCUACUUAUGUUGCUUGUAGCAUUUUAAG